CAUUUAUAUGGGCCAUGGGCCUUGACACAGGUCGUGGGACAGCACCCGGUGGUCUAAAAUUAGGGUGUUCUGUCCCUACCAGCUUCACAGGAACAAUUCCUGACUACUUUGUUGUGAAUAGCACAACUCCCACAGUAAUGGUACAUAAAGCUUGGGAAGCACCUACACGCAAGGACAGCACCUGAGAUAGCAAACAGGCUGAAAGUGGCCCCCACCCUUCUAGACACAACCAAUCCUUUCUUUUCUUGGUCAUCCUAAAAACAAGGACCCGAGAGAACGCCACACACUAAUUUAAAACUGUGUUUCAAGUGACCAUGGACUCCCUCAUGUUAAGUGUUCUUCUAUAUUUUUUGAUGUCAUCUUUAUGGCUUAUCAUUUUCCAACUGAUUUGUAGGCGUUCAUUGUAUAUUACCAUUUAGAAUUUAAGACUUUCUCCCAAAUACUUUUGACGACUCGGUUGUAUCUAUUUUUUAAACCCCUAGCUGAACUACUCCAGAAAAGUGAUGUCUGGGCCCAGAAAGUCAAGUGAAAUCGGUUGGGUGGCAUGGCAUGACGGCAGGAGAAAACCGUGAAUCUCAAAAAAAGGAAAUUUGCGAUAGCGCGAACCGCUGUUCAAACGCGCUAUCCUCGCCGCUUUCCUCUCCCGUCAGGCUAGUGACUGGCGCGACUGUCUGACGUCACGGACGCGCAUUUGAUUCAGUACGCGCAACCUCGGAGGACUUAUCCCGGGCGCGCGGGUGCGGACAUUCUGGAGGCGCCGGAAGUCCAGGGCACGUGACCAGGUGACGGCACUCGCUGGGCUACGGGGCUCUCUCUAGUGCUGCGGCACAGGAUGGCGGAGGCUCCUCCGGUCUCAGGUACUUUUAAAUUCAAUACAGAUGCUGCUGAGUUCAUUCCUCAGGAGAAAAAAAAUUCUGGUCUAAACCAUGGGACACAAAGGAGACUAGAUUCUAAUAGGAUCGGUAGAAGAAAUUACAACUCACCACCCACCUUUCACCUUACUAGGCAAGUCCCUUAUGAUGACAUCUCUGCUGUUCAUCAACACAGUUAUCCUUCAGGAAACAAAUCUAAAAGUCAGCAGACUUCUUUCCAAUCCUCUGCUUCUAAUAAAACACUCAAGAGCCAUGGCCUUCAGAAUCAACAUUGGCAGAAAUUGAGAAAUGAAAAGCAGCAUAACAGAGUCAAGAAAACACAAAGCCUCACUGACCAGACCUCAGAUACAACUGGCUUAGAAAGCAUGGCCAGGUCAGAGAGUGGAACAAACAUCAGUGAGCACAGCCCUUCUGAGAGUGACAAGGAAAUUGUUGGUGCAGAUCCCAGGGGAGCAAAGCCCAAAAGAGCAACCCAGUUUGUACAAAGUUAUGGUAGAGGAUCAAAAGUCAAGGGGAAACUCAAAUGUGAUUGGAGUAACAGAAUGACUCCAAAACCCGAGGAUGCUGGAGUUGAAAAUACCAAACCUUUAGGGGUUAUCCAACCAGACUCAUUGGAUACAUCCUUCAGAAAAGGAGUAUUGGAUGGGUAUAGACGCAAUGAGCAGAGAAAAUAUCCACAGAAAAGGCCUCCCUGGGAGGUAGAAGGAGCCAGGCCACGGCCACGCCGGAAUCCACCAAAACAGGAAGGCCAACGAAAUACAAAUGCAGGACCCAGAAACAACGUGGUUCCCAUUCUAAAGGAUAAUCUUAAUGAAAGACCAGCAAAAUCUCCCUGUGACGGUGGGAACUUGGCAGUCGUCAGCAAGUCUUCCAGAAGGGUUGAUCCAGAAAAAGGCACUGUAAGGAGACCAGCUCCUCCGGUAGCAUCUCCUUUCCUCCGGGGCAAACAGAACCAUGUGCUAAAAAAUGUGGAAACACACACAGGUUCUCUAAUUGAACAGCUAACUACAGAAAAAUAUGAAUGUAUGGUGUGCUGUGAAUUGGUUCGUGUCACAGCACCAGUGUGGAGUUGUCAGAGCUGUUACCAUGUGUUUCAUUUGAACUGCAUAAAGAAGUGGGCAAGGUCUCCAUCAGCUCAAGCAGAUGGCCAGAGCGGUUGGAGGUGCCCUGCAUGUCAGAAUGUCUGUGCACAUGUUCCUAAUACCUACACUUGUUUCUGUGGCAAAGUAAUGAAUCCAGAAUGGAGCAGAAAUGAAAUUCCACACAGUUGUGGUGAGGUUUGUAGAAAGAAACAGCCUGGCCAGGACUGUCCACAUUCCUGUAACCUUCUCUGCCAUCCUGGACCUUGUCCACCCUGCCCUGCCUUUAUGACUAAAAUGUGUGAAUGUGGACGGACCAGGCACACAGUUCGCUGUGGUCAGACUGUUUCAGUCCACUGUUCUAACCCAUGUGAGAAUGUUUUGAACUGUGGUCAGCAUCACUGUGCUGAGCUGUGCCAUGGGGGUCAAUGCCAACCUUGUCGGAUCAUAUUGAACCAGGUAUGCUACUGUGGCAGUACCUCCCGAGAUGUGUUAUGUGGAACAGACACAGGAAAAUCUGAUGGAUUUGGGGACUUUAGCUGUUUAAAGAUAUGUGGCAAGGACUUGAAGUGUGGGAACCAUAUGUGUUCUCAAGUGUGCCACCCUCAGCCCUGCCAGCCAUGCCCACGACUCCCCCAGUUGGUGCGCUGUUGCCCUUGUGGCCAAACUCCUCUCAGCCAAUUAUUAGAACUUGGAAGUAAUGCUCGGAAAACAUGCAUGGAUCCUGUCCCUUCAUGUGGAAAAGUGUGCGGCAAGCCUCUGCCUUGUGGUUCCUUAGAUUUCAUUCAUACCUGUGAAAAGCUCUGCCAUGAAGGAGACUGUGGACCAUGCUCUCGCACAUCAGUUAUUUCCUGCAGAUGCUCUUUCAGAACAAAGGAACUUCCAUGCACCAGUCUCAAAAGUGAAGCAGAUGCUACAUUUAUGUGUGACAAGCGGUGUAAUAAGAAACGAUUGUGUGGACGACAUAAAUGUAACGAGAUAUGCUGUGUGGAUAAGGAGCACAAGUGUCCUUUGAUUUGUGGAAGGAAACUCCGUUGUGGCCUUCAUAGAUGUGAAGAACCUUGUCAUCGUGGGAAUUGCCAGACAUGCUGGCAAGCCAGUUUUGAUGAAUUAAGCUGCCACUGUGGCGCAUCAGUGAUCUACCCUCCAGUUCCUUGUGGUACCAGGCCCCCUGAGUGUACCCAGACCUGUGCUAGAGUUCAUGAAUGUGACCAUCCAGUUUAUCAUUCUUGCCAUAGUGAAGAGAAGUGCCCACCUUGUACAUUCCUAACUCAGAAAUGGUGCAUGGGCAAACAUGAGUUACGGAGCAACAUCCCCUGUCACCUGGUUGAUAUCUCUUGCGGAUUACCCUGCAGUGCCACCCUACCUUGUGGGAUGCACAAGUGUCAGAGACUCUGCCACAAAGGAGAGUGUCUUGUGGAAGAGGCCUGCAAGCAGCCCUGCACCACUCCCAGAGCUGACUGUGGCCACCCGUGUAUGGCACCCUGCCACCCCACCUCCCCCUGCCCCGUGACUGCUUGUAAAGCCAAGGUAGAGUUGCAGUGUGACUGUGGGCGAAGAAAAGAGAUGGUGGUUUGCUCUGAAGCAUCUAGCACUUAUCAAAGGAUAGCUGCUAUUUCCAUGGCCUCUAAAAUAACAGACAUGCAACUUGGAGAUUCAGUGGAGAUCAGCAAAUUAAUUACUAAGAAGGAAAUUCACCAAGCCAGACUGGAUUGUGAUGAGGAGUGUUCAGCCUUGGAAAGGAAAAAGCGAUUAGCAGAGGCAUUUCAUAUCAGUGAUGAUUCUGAUCCUUUCAAUGUACGUUCUUCAGGGUCAAAAUUCAGUGACAGUUUGAAAGAAGAUGGCAGGAAGGAUUUAAAGUUCGUCAGUGACAUUGAAAAAGAAAUGGAAGCCCUCGUGGAGGCCGUGAACAAGGGAAAGAACACUAAGAAGAGCCACUCCUUCCCACCUAUGAACAGAGACCACCGCCGGAUCAUCCACGACCUGGCCCAGGUGUACGGCCUGGAGAGCAUGAGCUAUGACAGUGAACCAAAGCGUAAUGUUGUGGUCACUGCAGUCAGAGGGAAGUCCAUUUGUCCUCCUACCACGCUGACAGGUAUACUUGAAAAGGAAAUGCAGUCACGUCCUCCACCACCAAUUCCUCAUCACAGACAUCAGACAGACAAGAACUCUGGAAGCAGUAAUUUACAGAAAAUAGCCAAGGAGCCAGUAAUUGACUACUUUGAUAUCCAAGACUGAGGCAGUCAAAAUGCAUUCAGAUAAAAGAAUGAUGCGGUGUGGUGGAAAUUGAUUGCCAGCUGAUAAAUCAUGCUUGUUCCCAAAUACCUCCCAUCCUUUCUUGUACUGAUACAUCCAAAGCAUGAAAGUGUCAGUAGUCCCCCAUGUCCUUGGUCCUGUCUGUAUAAAGUGUUUCAUUAUGACAAGA